GGAAAAUGGCACAGCGACUGGAGCAGCGCUACAGCAUCAAAUUUUGCGGGAAACUGGGCGACAGCCAAGCGAAAACCAUUAGGAAGAUAAAGACGGCUUUCGGUGACAACACUAUGAGCCACACACAGAUUAAGGAGUGGCACAACCAGUUUAAAGACGGCCGCUCAUUGGUGGAGAGUGAGCCACACUCUGGUCGGUCAUCAACAUGCCGAAAUGACCAGGUCAUUGCCGAAGUAAACGCUGUGGCGAUGCGGGACUGUUGUGUGACUAUCGGGGAAAUUGCGAAAGAGGUGGGCAUCAGCACUUUCUCUCGACAUUCCAUUAUGACUGAAGAUUUGGUCAUGAAUGGAGUUGCGGCGAAAUUCGUGGUGAAACUGCUCACAGUGGAGCGAAAGCAGCUUCAUGUUGAGGUCUCACAGGACAUGCUAGAUUUCACAAGCAGUGACCCUAACUUCAUGAACACCAUUAUCACUGGUGAUGAGUCUUGGGUGUACGGGUACGACCUGGCGACUUGGAAACCAAAUCCCAGUCCUCACAGUCGAAGCACUCGACGUCACCAAGACCAAAGGAGACCCGCCAAGUGCGCAGCAAAGUCAAAGUGAUGCUGAGUGCUUUCUUUGAGUGCCGCGGUGUGGUACACCACGAUUACGCACCAGUGUCAAACAAU